AUGGUGGCAGAACUGGCGGAGAGAGAGAAGAUGGCGGAGCGCCAGCGCAGCGAGGAGGAGAGGGCAAAGCAGCGGUUAAAGUCGGAGAUUGAGAGAAUCAGGAAAGAGGCGGCGGAUGCAGCAGCUGCAGCCGCUGCUGCUGCGCGUGCUGCAAGGGGAGGAGGGAGUGGAGGGAACGGGGCGGAGAAUGGGGAGGGUGGAGCAGGGGUGGUUGGAGAGGAGAUGGAGCGGACGCUCAAGGUGUCUUGGUUGAGAGGAGGGGUGGAGGAUGGGGAGGGGGGUGCGGGAGGAGGAGUCGCAGGAGCAGGGGUGGCAGGGGAGGAAUACAGUGUGCAGCGGUUAUGGAGGGUUUUUGAGGAGUUUGGAAAGGUGGAGGAUGUGGUGGUGAGGGAUGUGGCGAAGGGCAAGGGUAAGGGGGGUAAGGCGGGCAAGGCGAGGAAGAAGGGCAGUGCACUGGUGGUGAUGGCGACGAAAGAAGCUGCGGUAGCCGCUACCUGUUCUGUGUGCGGCGAUUCCACAAACCCCCUUAUAGUCACGCGAGCUGUGCCUGCACCUGCAGCAUCCACCAUAUGGGGCGCUGACACCCCCUUCAGCCCUUCUGUUGCUGCCGCAGCUGCAGCCACUUCAGCAGCAGCAGCAACGGCAGAUGCAGCAGCUGCGAGAGCCAGGGCUGGGACUCAUGGUGCUGCUGGUGGCUUUGGGAUGGGGGGAUCUGGUACUAGUGCUGGUGUUGGUGCUAAUGCCGGUGCAGGCACGAGUGGAAUGAGGAGAGAUGGGGGGGCGAAGCCAGCAGGAGAGGCGAGUAGUAGAGCAGGUAUGGGUGGCUUUCGAGCGAAUGGAGGGUAUAGUGGGGUGGCAGCAGGAGAAGGAGGAGGAGCAGGAGCAGUACCAGGAGGGGGGUUUGGAGUGGGAGGAGGUGGGGUGGAAGUUGGAGCUCGGCCGGCCAUGGCAACAGCGGGUUCGUCGUAUCGGGACUAUGAGAGUGUGACUCUCAUGCGCAUGAGACAGGCAGCUGAAAGAGCGCGCAUAAUUAAGGAGAUGCAGGCUGCAGAAGAAGCAGGGGGCGGUGAUGACGAGUGA